CCUACUCGGUACCUUUGCCCUCCCCUAAACAAAAACUGGUGGCGGCGGCGGCGGCGGCGAGACGACAGACGGUGAGAUGGCGACCGCAGGGAAUUCAAGUGGUUGUAGUGGCGAGUCCGUGUUAAGCGAGGAGCUCUAUCUGGCUGCAAUCUCCGUGUAUGAGAGUAUCCGCUGGAUUCAGGUCCAGGAGGACAAGAUGGCUGAGAUCUCCGCAGUUCGCAAUAAUUUGCUUGGGUUGAAAUCAGAUAUAUUCAAGUUGUUUGAGAAGAUCUCCCGUCAGUCAGAUUCCGAUACCCAGAAGAGGAUCUGCGCUAUGCAGAACGCCUGUCAUGAUUUGAAAUCGUUGGAAACCCAGAGCAAGAUUGGCGACGGCGGUGAGAUAGAAAUGAGGUGUGAGGAGUCGAAGCCAAGGAGUGCCGCGUCCCUAGAACUCGAGGAUCUGCUCCAUCGUGCCGCAGUACAAACCCAGAUGUGGAUAGGCGAAGACGCAGAAAGUGAGGAGCUGCUUGAUCUGGUCGCAAGGGAGACACAGGGGAGGAUCGUUGGCCAGGCUGACAAUCUGUCCUCCCUACCCAAAUUUACCAGUGAGAUCAUGUCGAAAUUCAGAGAAGUUGCCGGUGACAUUGCUAUCGUAUUUGAAGCACAACAGAACCGGAAGGAAGCACUAGCAGUGCUGAGCUUCGGCUUCAGGCUACAGUUGCUCUCCAAGCAGAUUGAUGAGCUGUGGCGUGAGAUGUGCAAAUUACUGAGAGCUUUCUCCCCAGAAAACAAAGAUGUAAUGAGAACCAUGAUUAUGUUUACCUGUGAACCAUACCUACGCCGUAUCUGCGAAUUGCAAUGGAUCUCUGAACGUAUCAGUAUGCUCCAGCGGAUGGACUCAGACUUCGACUCCAAAGUGAAAUCCAUGAUCAUAGAGUUGAAAUCUGAAUCCUUCUUGUCUGCCAUGGAGAAGUUGAAGGAGGAGAGCCGCAGGCAAGGCUGUGGAGACCAAAAAGUUUCCAUGGAGAUGGAGGAGAAGAGAUUCACUGCCUACCGACUCUACUGGGAACGUACAUGGGGCAACACCAACAGCUUCGAAGCCCAAACGAUAUUGAGCCCCAUGCUCUUUACACAUUGCACACCAAGCCGCAUCCCAGUUGAAGCUGCUGCCGGGAGUACCUUGCAGAUCUACUCCGUCAAAAUCUCGUUAACAGACAAAAUCUUGUUUAGGGACAAAAUCAGCUUCCCAUUGGAGGUGUACGGAGUGGUCGCGGCCCGAGAUGCUGUGGACCGCUGUCGCAACCCUAUCUUCCUUCGUAGAAGGAAUUUCUGCCAAAUCCUCACAGAACAAGAUCCUUUCUUGCGAUUGACUGGCCCGGUCCGUGCAAUUGUGUCGAUCGAGACUGUUUACAUCGAAAUCCAACUAAGAGUAAAGGGCGUAACAAAAUCUGAAGAUAGAGCAUUGAUCAGUGCAUUCUACUUUUACAAUGGUGACAGUUCCCCGCAGGUAGCCAAAAAUAGCUUUUGCACAGUGGAGUUAUGCAAUGAGCAACUUAAACAGUCGGUCCAGGCCACUAUCCUGAGUGUGCAUGUUACAGCUGAAGCUGGAUCAUUGCCUUUUCCACAUGGUGGGCGAGUUGUUUGCUCUUCACUACCUCAGGAUGUUGAUAAAGAUAUUGCUGGGCAAGUUGUAAUUCUUGAUUUAGAAGGUGGAAUGGCUAAAGCUGGUUACCUUGACCUGUCAAGGCAUGUAGUUUCUGUGGAAUUGGAUGGACAGUUGAAAGUUCUCAUGGAGGCCUAUACGCCAUCGCAGUCUGUUGAAAGUACUCAUGCUCUCUUCAUCACACCUCAAAAAUGGAACAUAAGUAAACAUAAGUGCAACUUUGGUAGCUAUCAAGUGGGGAUUACUAUAGCUUGGUCCUUGAUAACCUCGAAGACACUAUCCUGAUGAAUAGGAACAAGGACGUUUGGGCAGUGUGUAAGCUUGUUCAAGAUGAUAAUGGCUAUCUUGCUACUGGACAUGUCCAUCUUUUGAAGACUGUCUUUGCUGCCGUUUCGUGAUGUAUUGUGCUAUUAGGCAUUGGAAGCUAUGAACAUUUUAAUUAUAGUCAUUCUAUGUGAACCUUUAUUAUGUGGAAUAUGUGAGCUAUCGUUAAUAGGUUAUGCUGUGCUUGAUAGUUGAUCAUGUUAACCAGGAUGUCUUAAAUGAUUACCUGAACUAUUAUUAUUUACCAACCAAAAUUAGAUUGGUAUUGCCUGCA